ACAUUCUCUCCAAACAAAGAUGGCGGUACCUAGCUGGGAUCCUUCUUGUUAACGAAGCUAAUGCUUUUGCUUCUGUUUAGGAGUAGGGCGUGGAAUAUAUAAGUUCAGACAAAACUAUUUAACAUUGUUUCGCAUGAAUUCCUCUGAUCAAGGAAGUUUACAUCGCGGAGAAGAAACCGCAGGUGGUGUUCGUGCUGUUGCAAGUUCCAGUUCAGACCAAGACGAAAUGAAGCGAGCAGCAGCCCGACAACUCAUUGAGAACUAUUACUAUCAGCUUACUGAUGGCUGUGGUAACUCCAGCUGUGAUAACAGAUGCUGUGCCUCCUGCCCAGACUUUUCCUUUAAGUCUGUGGAUCGCAAUCAAUUGGCCCUGCAGGCUGUAAAGCUGUCCAAAGACAGAGCAAGGCUCUGCGAUGGCAUUCCUAAAAAAUACGCCAAAUAUCCUGUUCAGGAGACUGCAGGAAACCAGGCAGCCCUAACACCUGCUGAUGGUGCAGGCACCAGUUCUUGCAGGAGUAGUGGCAACCUACAGGACAGCAAAGAUGGAGAACAUGGAACAGAAAACAUUACAGGAACAGGUGGUGCCAAGGCAAAAUUGCCAUCACCCACUAACAGCAGUACUCCAUCAUCCUCCUGUUCCAGUCAGAGCAGCAUAGAUCAGCAUGGUGACACCCAUGAGAUAAAAUACCUUGAUGAAGGCAAAGUGAUGGAGUCAAUACAAAGAGGCCAGAGAAGUGGAAGCUGGAACCACCUUAUUCAUAUAAUUGGCAUUGUGUUCAGCAGUCCUGAGUUUCUGAUGCGGAGUUUUCCAACCUGUUCAGUCAAAAUCUGUGAAUCUUCCUCAGUGGAUCCUGACAAGGACUUUGAUGAUACGGAAGCAGAACCUAUGCAUGUAGAUCAAUUGCCCACCCAAGAAAGGUGUGCCCAGAAGGAAGAUGCAGCACAAGGAGAUUCAGAGAGACAGAAUACUGCCUGCCUACUUUCAGUGGACUUAGCCUCUUUGAGAAGAGUGUACGAUGCACUAAUGAGCAUCCCAGAGCAGCCAUUCCAAGCAGCUCUGAUCAAUGCCUUAAAGUCCUUGUCUUAUACCAUUCAAAUGGACUUCAAGUACCACCGGUCCUUGGAGAAGGAUCGUAAUUUUUUAAAUAUUUUUGUCAUUGUGCUAGAGUUUCCCAACCUGCACAGCCCUGAGUACCUUGAAACGGCUUUUCCAUCAUUCUGUAAGGCCCUGGCUCUCAUGCCACUAAAAGGACAGGCAAGAUUAGCACAGAUCUUGUCAAUGUAUGGUGAGAAGAGGUUGACAAUUAUACUGCAAUCGCUGCAGCAGCUCAUUACAGUGCGUAUAGUCAACAAUGAAGGACGAUGGGGCCGCAGCUUUCACCUCAACGAUGAUGAUGCCAUUGUUGAUGCUUGCUGUGUGAUGAAGAUAGUUUACUAUGCGAGUCUCUUUGGUGGGCAGGUAGACAGUCUUGAACUACUGGAAGAGGAGAGGCACUCGAAUGAGGCAGAUUUAUUGCAUGAUGCAUUGCAAGGUGCUAUGGGCAUAGAACCUAAAGAACAAUCACAGCCCCGAGAAAAUCCUCUUGGAAAAGAACUUAAAAUAAAUCAAAUUGAUGUGCGGAAACCUUUGAUAUCCUUUGAGGAAUUUAUCAAUGAUCCUCUUAAUGAACACAUUGACAUCAGCACAGACUAUGCCUACUAUCGAGCAGAGCCAGAUAACAAGUUUUCCUUCAUCACUCACAACUUUGUGUUAACUACAGCCUCAAAGCACAUGUGCAUGUAUUUUGACAACCGCAUUCGCAUGUUGCAUGAGAGACGCACUUCUCUACUGCAAACCAUUGUGCAUGGUGGUCCACCUAUGCCAUACCUCCGCAUCCGAGUCAGAAGGGAUCAUGUUGUGGAUGAUGCACUUCUAAAUCUGGAGAUGGUUGCUAUGGACAAUCCUGGUGAUCUGAAAAAGCAACUGUUUGUAGAAUUUGAAGGCGAACAGGGCUUGGAUGAAGGGGGUGUUUCAAAGGAAUUCUUCCAGCUGAUUGUGGAGGAACUAUUCAAUCCUGAUAUUGGUAUGUUCAUUUACAAUGAAAAUACAAGACAAUUCUGGUUCAAUCACAUGUCCUUUGAAAAUGAAGGGCAGUUCACAUUGAUAGGGAUUGUCCUGGGUCUGGCCAUUUACAAUAGCUGCAUCUUAGACAUCCACCUUCCAAUGGUUGUCUACCGCAAGCUUCUUGGAAAGAAAGGUGUCUUCCAGGAUCUCUUUGAUGUUGAUCCUACUCUGGCCAGCAGCCUGCAGCAGAUGUUGGAUUAUGAUGGUGGAGAUUUUGAGGAUGUAUUCAUGCAAACUUUUCGGAUUGGCUUUUUGGAUGUCUUUGGGUCUAGUGGGAUCCAUGAUCUUAAAGAAGGUGGUGAAGAUAUCACAGUGACAUGUGAAAAUAGAGAGGAAUUUGUGGAUCUGUAUGCUGACUUUAUUCUAAACAAGUCAGUUGAAUGUCAGUUUCGAGCCUUCAAGAGAGGUUUUAUGAUGGUGACAAAUGAAAGUCCACUCAAAAUGCUUUUCCGUCCAGAUGAGGUGGAGAUGCUGGUAUGUGGGAGCAAGGAAUUUGAUUUCCAUGCCUUGGAGACUGCCACUGAUUAUGAUGGUGGAUUCACAGCGGAUUCCCCUACAGUCAGGAAUUUCUGGGAUAUUGUACAUGAGUUCAGUGAAGAGGACAAGAAAAAGUUGUUGCAGUUUACUACUGGCUCAGACCGUGUGCCUGUUGGUGGCCUGUCAAAGCUUAAAUUCAUUGUUGCGCGCAAUGGGCCAGACUCUGACAAGCUGCCUACUUCCCAUACAUGCUUCAAUGUGCUACUCUUGCCAGACUAUGCCACAAAAGAGAAACUGAAGGAGAGGCUUCUAAAGGCCAUUAACUACGCUAAGGGCUUUGGCAUGUUGUGAUUUAGCCAUUACUCUCCAUUUGUUCCAGCAUGAGAAUGAGUCAGACUGCAUCAUGUCAGGUUUGUGCAACUUUUGCAACAGCCUGUGAUCUGAACUGCUGUUAAAGGAAGGAGAAAAGAAGCUGCCUUUGUACACACAUCAGUCAUUCUGCAUGCAUAGUCCAAGUGGAACAAGCGAAAAGGUCUUUUCAAGGCAAAGCCAUGGAACUUAACUGUGAUUGACUGCAAUGUUGUAGGUUUAGACGUAGGUACUUUGGCCUGGAUAUGGAUGAACUUGUGUAGCUGCUAUGCUGAACAUUAGAGAAAGAGUGGUUCUAGGUAAUGAACGUUUAAAAUGGAUCCUUUCUGUCAUUGUUCUUUUCAUGAGAAAAUGAAAUAAACUUGACCUGUAUUUCAUGGCAUGCUUCUGUGUAUAUUUUUUAAUUGCUAUGGCAUUUGUUCAUUUGGCUUUUUAAAUGUUUGGUUGUUUUGCAAGAAUUACAUUAGACUGUAAGCUACAAGGACAAGAAGGGCAUAUAAUGAGUUGUGUGACCAGUUAGGUAUAAUGUGUUUCCUGUGUGGUUUGUAAAACUAGUUGUUGCAAGGAUCCCAACCCCACCUUUUCCUUACAAACACUAACAACUGAUGCUCACAAAGAUUUACAAGUAGCGUGAAGAAAGCCGUGUCCUCAUAAAAAAAUCUCUUGAAGUUAUUUUGUCUUUGUCUUUGUUAAAAUCUUUGUUGUAACACUAGUGAGGACUGUUAAAGUGAAAGCAGGGUGUGAAAGUCAAUCAAAAGUACUCUGUACCAUUCAAUUUUAACAUGAGAGGGUGAGCAAAGCAGUUUCUGUGUCAUUACCCGUUAUCCAUUAGUUUUACUGAUAGUUCAGAAUUAUUUAGUUAAGAAGUUCAAGAAUUUUGGUAGUCUAUCAUUUUUAUCCACAUAAAAUGGCAACCUUCUGAAUGAAAGUUACUUUAAUGUUUCAGGUAGCAGUCGAGAGCAUGAAAACUUGGUUGAAUUGUUCUUAUUCUUGACAGGUUUUUUUGUGUGAUAUGAACUACAUACCUGUUGUGAGAUGCCUGCUGUAAAGUUGGUACCAAAAAGAAUAAAAAGUCUGGUGAAUACCAACAGAUUGUGCAAGGCUUAAUAGGGACAGUUUCUACCUGCAUAAUACAACUUUCCUUUAUCAUUAUAUACCAAGUUUCUUUUACCAUAUUGUGGAUUUCUGUUUACUUUUCAUGCAAAAGAAUUUCCUCAUUCCUAUGGGACAUUUGGCGAUAAAAUUCUUUGAUAUAAA